UUGAUUAGCUUUUUCAUUAGUCAACUGAUAAACUCAUCACGACUAUAAAUUGGUCGCAAUCAAAAAGUCCAGUUAUCUUGUACUUGUGUGAAAACUAAGAUGAAGCUGUUAUUGUUGUUCACUCUUGUUGCUUUGGGCUGCGCAGGACACAUCACCUACUCUCAGGAGGAGGAGGAACAAUGGGAACGCUUUAAGAUUAAGUAUAACAGAGUAUACGCUAAUGAGGUGGAAGAGGAAUAUAGGAAGGCAAUCUUCAUUGCCAACCUUCACGAUAUCCGUGAACACAACCAAGCCUACGAACGAGGAGAAACUACCUUCACAGAAGGAAUCAACGAUUUCGCUGACUGGACCGGCGAGGAGUUGAAGAGGGUGCUUUGAGUGAUACUGCCACACGAGAAGCGGAGCUAAGUAAAGAAGACUACUGGGGGUGGAGGACGCCUAUGGAAAAGUAACGUCUGUACACUUGUUAUGGCAAAAGAGAACGGCCAAAAACCUGGAUUUGUUACUGUUU